AUUGAUGUUUGGGAUGAUAGCACACAGUCCUCGAAGAAUGCCAGUCCUCGGAGUGGAUUUGCCUCACCAAAUACGGGUUCGACCAGUCGACAACAGCUGUGGACCAAUGAGUCACCCUUUCAUGCCAGCGCUGGUACAGCUACGGAUCUAUUGGAAGAUGAUACUCUAGGUGACGAGGAUGAGUAUGGCGAGGACGAGGAAAUGGUUGACAGCUUUAAUGAUGAAGAACUUGAGGAAAUAUUGAAAGAAGUAUUCAACGUGCCGUCAGCUUCCGUUGGUGUCGGUGGUGAUGUGGUCGAGCCACAUCCGCAUCCUUCAACCGUCCAGAUACAAAAGCAUCAACAGCAACCACAGAAUCGGUCUGUCGAACCGACCGUUCAAAUGCAAACUAGCCUUGAUGAUGUCAAUGAUUACAUGCUUGUUGACGACUUUCUGAGCAUAGCCGACAAUUUCGCAAACAUGAGUGUCGGUACCCAGGAUGCUGCACGUCCAGAUGCAGCACCUUCCGGUGGGGUUGCUCAUAGUAGCACCACCUGUCCCGAUGCUUUCAACCAUCCAACAGACUUGAAGCAGCACAUCGCUGUUCCACCUGCCCAGGGGCCACUGCAUCUAGGUACAUUUGCUGAACAGCCACAAAGACGCGCAGAACAGGUUGUGUCUGGAGCGGAUGUGAAGACGGAAAUUGAAUUGGCGCCCAGGCCCAUGCCAGAAAUUGGUUACGAGCAGCACCCAGUUCAAAGCCGUCAUAUGUUUGAUGAGGAUGUUCAAAAUAUCGCCUCGCCGGGGCUACAGGAUUCUCAGCAGACAUGUCAGCAGGAAACUGUUGUUGCCGCUGCACCACUCGCGUCAGCAACACCUGUCUCGCAGCCUCAGUCAGAGCCUCAGGAACUGCCUGAGUUGAGUGCCUUUGACAUCGUGUCCCAAUUGAGUCAGUUUGAGACGACCGGAAGCGGUGGUAGUGGUGCUAGUGUUGGCCUCGCCUCAGAUGGACCUACACCACCAUCACCUCACACAUCACAACCAACAACAACUGCUAGCACAGAACCUGUGCUAUCUCAAGCACUUUCGGCAACCCCUUGUUCACCUUCAAUCGAGGAACAGUCCAUGCUUGCAGCAUGCCCGCCCCGUAGAAUCAUGUCUCAGCAACAGCGACCCCAGUUUUUCCUUCAACAACAACAAGAGCAGCAGGUUAAUUUCAGUGGAGGCAUGGAGGACCUUGGUGUUCCUUGUCGACCAGCACGCUAUCCCGGAUCGAGACCGCCAAUGGCCUCGCGAAAACCAGUUUCCCAAAGGUUCCCUCAAUUCCAGUCGCGAACAGCUUACAUGGCGGCUAAUCAGCAGCAGCAGCAGCAACAUCAAGAAAUGCAGCAAAUGUUCCAAGCUGCCUUGCAUAGGGGUGAUUCGCAAGGCAUCAUGUCGUCGGCUGGAGCAGGAGCAACGUCACCGAAGUCACGGCAGUCACCAUUGCCAGUUGUGUACGCUCAAACACCGCCGCUGCCGCCACCACCCCCAACUUGGCCCCCUUCGGGCUUCGCAGCUGUCAACUUGCCUCUCACGCCCUCGCCCCAGCAUCCGCAGUCUUCACCUGGCCUGCAUCCCUCACCUGUAUCAAUGCAGCAAAUGCUGCAGGAGCAGCAGCAGCCGCAGCAGCAGCACUAUCAGCACCAGCCUGUUUGUCAGUCUUCCAAAAACUCGACAAGUGCAGGCAUUUAUCUUAUUCCGCCGUUUUUUCGCAUUCAACUUUUUGACCAUAAGGGCUCUCCGCUAUGUCCCGGUGAAGAUGAAGGCGAUCAACUGGCCUGCAUUCUUGAUGCUCUUGGAAUGCCUCCGCAAAGGCUUCUCGAACAGAGCCGCCGAAUGAAGCACUUUUUCUCCACAACGCACGGCUGUCCUCGUUACUGCCAUGGAAGUAAGAUAACGCCACGUGAAGCUUUCCGACAUGAAUGGUUUCGAAGACGCACCACCAAAGCUCAGGGAAGCGACGGCAUCACGAGGUCCACUGGCACACAAGGAGCCAGCGGUGAAUCCAGAAUCCUCCUGAAUUCCAUUUCAAUUGUAAACAGCACUUCGACAUCCGUGAAUCAUGCAGCCCUGCACCGAGUUCCACACUAUGUUGCACAGUUUUCGGAAUCGCAGUCUCAUGCCGGAGAGUCCAGCGUUGCGGUUUCUGUGCGACUGAGUACUCACCAAUUCUGUCUUUAUGAAGUGACAACGCUGAAGCGUUGCGCUACUGACAAUCAAUGCCAAAGUACAGUAGCGGAUAUGCCGUCAUCGUUCACCUUGACACUCGGACUUCCGCCUGUCUGUUAUCAGCACAUGUUUGCUCCAGAGGCCCCUUCUGCAUUAGAGUAG